AUCAAACUUUAAAAGUGUGGUUAGGUAAAACGUCAAAUAUAAAAUAAAAAUAUUUGUGGGAGUAUGAGAUAGAAGUCAUAAAGAUGAAUUUAAUCGAGGAAAGAAAAAUUGUUAUAACGAAUAAACUUAAAAAGGAACAAGCUAAUUUGUUAUUAUUACAAGAACGACUAAUCAAAAGUUCUAAAUUAACUGAAGGUAUCGGUAAUAUUUUGAAUACCUUCGAACAAAGAUUAUCUCGACUUGAAGAUACAAUACUACCAGUAUACAACGAAACUGAAACGCUUCGUCGGGCUCAAUGCAAUAUAGAACCGACUUUACAAUUACUAGAUAAUGUGAUAAAUCACUAUGAAGUUUCUGGAGAUGUGGAACACAUAAUUGAGAAAGGUCCCGGUGAAGGUGGUACUGAUUUACAAUCUUAUAUAUAUGCUUUAGAACGAUUAUCUGGAGCGCAAAAGUAUUUUGAAAAAAAUAUACCUCAAAGUGUUGAACUGAUCAAUGUAACAUCUUUUUUUCAUAAAGGUAGUGAUAAGCUUAACGCCGAAUUUAAACUAAUUUUGGAUAAGUACAACACGCCUAUUUUACCAGUGGUGUUACUUGAUAUGAUUAAUUUGGACGAUUCAUCGGGGAAAGAAGUGAAAGUGAUGCCAAAACAAAUACCAGAUGAGGCAAAAUCCCAUUUAAUAUUGAUAGCUAAUUGGCUCUUAGAUAAUGGUAGAGAUGAAUAUUUAACGGUUUAUGGGAAAGUACGGGGUAGUGUCUUACAAAAAUCACUUAAUAUGUUGAGAAAUCAUCAAAAAUCUGUGAGCGGGGGUAGUGUGCACGGUACAACAAGUUCCCCUAUGCUAAAACCAAAGUUUCCAAACAGACACGAAGCUUCUAGGAAACCUUCGACGAGGAGAAUAGGGCAGGUUUUUGAAAGAAAAGCCAAUAAAAUGUUUCUGAAAGCUUCUCAUACGUUGGAACAAUCUACGGGUUUAUCUUUGGGUACUCGUAGAGCCUCACAUUUAGAUACGUCUUAUACCGGGGAAGAAUUGGAUAACGAACAAGAAAUGGAGAAUUACUUGAUAUCUGUUAUAGCUCUACAUAGAUUGAUGCAAUUUGAACAGAUUUUAAUGAAAGAUAUUAUAACACCAGCACACCAACCGAGAGUAUUCGAAUUAAUUGUAAGGGAAGCUAUGGACGCCAUAGUUCAAGACGGAGAGAAUAUAGUUUCAAGAGCGAAAAAAUGUAUCGCCAGACACGAUUUCGCAACGGUCUUAGUUAUAUUUCCUAUAUUAAAACAACUGCGUAACUUAAAACCGGAUUUCGAAAGGACAGUCGAAGAUUAUGAUUUGAACGUGAAACAAAAAUUCGAUCAGAUACUUCAGAUGUUGCAUUCUACUGGUUCGAAGGCUUUGGAAGAUUUCGUGGAUAGUAUUAGAUCUGAUUCCGUGACGCAAUUACCCAGCGAUGGUACCGUUCAUGAAAUGACCAGUAACGUUAUAAUGUUUUUAGAGCAGUUGCUCGAUUAUAUAGAUACCAUCGGGAUCGUUUUAGAAAAUGACCAAAAUUAUUCGAGACAAUUGAAUAAAUUGAAAUUUACAGAUAAAAGCAAGGCUCUUCUAGGACUUUACAUAAAAAAAGUUUUGGCGCAACUGAACCAUACUUUGAUAAGUAAAAGCGAACAGUACAAUGAUACAGCUCUGAAAUCGUUAUUCCGUUUAAAUAAUAAUAAUUACGUACUUAAAUCGUUACAGAGAACUAAUUUGAUGGAUAUUUAUCUAAUUUCGGAACCCAAUUGUCAGGAUUAUUAUUAUACCUCCAUUCAGGAUAAUAAGAAAAUGUAUUUGCAGAGCUGGAAUAAAUUAUUAAACCAUAUCAGCCCUGAUGAUCCAUCGAUUAAUAUACACAGUGAUAAAUUAAAAGAUAAAGAAAGGGCAGUUCUCAAAGAAAAAUUCGCUGGUUUUAAUAAAGAAAUUGAAGAUAUAUCGAAAGUACAAAGAGGAUAUUCCAUUCCGGAUAUUGAGUUAAGGGAAAGUAUAAAAAGGGAUAACAAAGAAUUGGUGAUUCCAAAAUAUAACGCCUUUUAUAACAAAUACGCGUGUCUUCAUUUUACGAAAAAUCCCGAGAAAUAUAUCAAACAUAAACCAGAUGAAGUUUCCGCCAUCAUAGAUAGACUUUUUGACGUCGCUGCGUAGUUAUAAUAUAUUUAUUGGAUAUUAUUAUAAAAAAUAAUUGAAAUUCUCUAUAAUUACAUAAUUUAUAUAUAAUAAAAUGUUUUUAUUUAAUAAAAUAUUCUAU